AUGGUUACAGCCUUUCUUAACAGCAAGAUUCCUGACGAAUACGAGAUCUACUGCAUGCAACCCCAAGGCUACUCUGAUGGAACCAAGCGCGUCUGGAAGCUCAACCAAGCUCUGUAUGGCCUUCGCAAGGCUCCCCUGUGGUGGUUUGAGACCCUUGUUAAAGUCAUGAAGGACGCUGGAUUCGUCCCCAUGUCAACAGAGAUGUGUCUCUUCAAACAUGAGAAGCUGGGCGUACUGGUUCUUAUCUAUGUGGACGACAUCCUGGUCGCUGGUCCUACCUUGAAGGAUUGUGAGACCGUUCGUGACCUCUUGGCCGCUCACUUUGAGCUUAAGGAGAUGGGAUUGAUAUCCAAGUUCCUUGGACUCCGAAUUCGACGGAACCUUGAUACGAAUCAGGUAUUCAUUGACCAAGAGGAAUACAUCAAGAAGAUUGUGUCCAAGUAUGGCGAGGAGACCACUAAAUACACGGGAACACCCUGGAAGACAGACACUGUGAUUCCGCCUUCUUGGGAAUCAGUUUCAAACGUUCUGAAGAAGCGUUAUCUCAAACAGACUGGUUCCCUUAACUAUGCCUCCACUAAUACACGCCCUGACAUUGUAAAGACCGUCAGCACGUUGUGUGAGGCCAAUUCCAACCCUGGGAAGACCCACUUGGAGAUACUCAAGCAUCUCUGGCGUUACUUGGCCAACACUGCGUCCUUUGGCAUCACCCUGGGAGGAAAACACCCAAUUGACGACCUGAAGAUCAGAAUCUGGGCCGAUGCUGCAUUUGCAGACGUUCUAGGCUGCAGAAAGUUAACAGGAGCGCAUAUUGCCUUCGUCUGUGGCGGUCCAAUUUACUGGAAAUCCAAGAAACAACUGCUUGUAGUCACCAGCAGUACGGAGGCAGAAUUCAUCAACCUCACCCUUCUUCUAGUCGACUUGUGUUUAUACCCCGGCUGGUUCUUACGUGACUGUGACGCCGAAGUGAGUGCACCAUCAAGAUAA